CAAUUCAUGUUCCCCAGUUUUAUUUUGAACCAGGAAUUUCUAUUUCUUCUUCUUCCUCCUCAAUCGGCACGCUUUCUUCCCAAAAUUUCUUUUGCUGCCUAGUUUUUGCACCAAAUCUCAUUGACGCCGGCCACCGGCGGUACAGUCUCCCCCGACCAUAUAUCUUUAGUAAUCGGCAGAAGGAUCUAGUAAGUCAUAGAAAACUAUACGCGAGGGAUCGGAAGUAAUGGCAAGCGCUCCUGCUCAAAUUCCUACCAGUUUCGGGCACGAGCUCAGAGCUUGUCUUCGUUGUCGUCUCGUCAAAACUUACGAUCAGUUUCGUGAAUCGGGCUGUGAGAAUUGUCCCUUCUUCAAGAUGGACGAAGACCACGAGCGUGUUGUAGAGUGCACUACUCCUAAUUUUAAUGGGAUAAUUUCUGUCAUGGAUCCUGCCAGAAGUUGGGCUGCUAGAUGGCUGCGAAUUGGAAGAUUUGCCCCUGGUUGUUAUACUCUAGCAGUCUCAGAGGCCCUCCCUGAGGAUUUGCAGAAUAUAUGUGAAGAGGAGCGCGUGCAAUAUGCACCACCAAAACGUGUUUGACCCUAUGGUAUCUCUUGCUUAUCCGAGUUCCACCUCGUUCGUGCAGUAGUAUUUUAAGUUGAACUAGCAUUUAGCAUUCGCUGUCUUUUGGUCGAAAUGAACAGAAGUACAGCUACUAACACCUUGCGUUGUAUAUCUUAAUCUGCUUCCCCUUGUGCUUCCUUAUUGCCUAUUACUCACGUGUGGAAGAAGUUGAAUUUGAGUUGCCUAGAACAAUACCGGUUUAGCCAAACACUGCUAGGUUAUUGCUGUUGGUUGUUGAAGGAGAAAACAUUUUAGCCCCCACCUCGAGUUCACAUGCUCCGGUGGGAUGAUUUUGAUAAUCACUUUUAUGGUUCCCAAUCGGGAUGGACGAUGAAGUGAUGGAAUACAUAUGCUCACUUCUUAGUA